CCAUUUUUCUGGUUACCAAAACGGAACAGAAACAGAUUGCAAUAAACCCCAAAAAUAAACCAUCGAAGUCUGAAAUAAUCAAUUUGGAUAAUUGAAGCAGAGCCAUGGCGAAGGAGCUUAUUUCUCUCCAAUAUCUCCGACCACCACUUCACUUCUCUCGUCAAUUCCUAAGCCUAUCUUCUCCUUCUUCAACUCGCAAUCUCCGCCGUAAACAACCGCAAAACCCAAUCUUUAUCCGCACCACCUCUCACCGGAACAAAACUUCUCACGACGACGACGGAAUCCCAGCCGACGAGGUCAAAACCAUAGCCAAAUUCAAAUCACGCCACAACUACAUCAGAGUCAUCGAAGUUUCGCGAAAGACCAAUCACCCACUCGCCGGUUCUCGUCUCCUCCUCCUCGACAACCCCGGUAACAUCCACAGCAUCUCUUUCCUUCUCAAAACCUUAACCGAUAGUUACUUCGACGUUUUCGCUACUCUGCCUCCGAUCAUACCUCCAGGACCCAUCGGUAUUCUCGGGUUCGGAGCUGGUUCAACUGCUCGAUUGAUUCUCGAGCUUUACCCUCCUGAGUUCACCGUCCAUGGAUGGGAGCUUGACCCUUCUGUGAUUGACGUCGGUAGAGAGUUCUUUGGUCUCUCUAAGCUCGAAAGAGAUCAUAAAGAUCGGAUUUUUAUCAACAUUGGUGAUGCUUUAGACCACGCUAGUGUUAAAACAGGGUUUUCUGGUAUUUUAGUUGAUUUGUUUAGUAAAGGGAGUGUGAUCAAAGAGCUUCAAGAUACAAAAGUGUGGGAGGAUUUGAAAACUAGGUUGAGGAAGAGAGGGAGGAUUAUGGUGAAUGUUGGAGGUAAAUGUGUGGAAGCUGAGGAUUCAGAGAGAGAUGGAGGUUUGGUUAUGGAGGAAACGUUGAAGGCCAUGAGUCAGGUGUUUGGUGAUAAGCUCUUUGUGCUAACGCUUGGCAAUGGGAAUGAUAGCUCGGUGGCUUUAACAGGUGAUUUACCUGAUCUUGAUGCGUGGAAGAAGAGAUUGCCGCGUAGUGAACUGAGAAGCUAUGUUGAUAUGUGGAUACCUUUUAGAGAAUUCAGCUUGAGAUAUUAGUCUUUAAUGAUAUUUGGUAAGUAAGCAGUUUAGGUUUUGUGAUGGAUGCUGCAAUGUCUUUAAUAUCUCAUUUUGGUUCUGUUUCAGAGAGUGUUUCAAGUGUACAAAUUAUUGGCUUGACCAUUGUGUCUUUUAUUGUUGAUGAAUGGCUGACUAUUCUUUCCCGGGGAUUGAGAUUUACUCAGUAAUGUUAAGUAUGAUUCGUUCUA